GUUGCUGAGAGAUAUGGAAAUCAGAGGAAACCAAACUUCACCAAUGUCAGUCCUAUUGAAGGCUCUAUCCAUGGAGUUGAGAGUAGCCGAGUUCAACAACACACAGAAGAGGGAGCUGAAGGUGAAGAUUACCAAGAACUGACACAGCGGGAGGAGAACGACUUGGAGCACAUGAUAUCACAAACUGAGGGUGCCAUCAGCAAUAUUGAAGCAUUCACUGAACAACUCUCCAAGGACUUGUCUGUUUUGGAUGGGGCCAAUAUCCAUUCUAUCAUGGAUGCUGAGCCUCAAGUGGAAUCACUAAUGCAGCUGUUGAAUGAUGCCUUGAAUGAGCUUGACCACUUGGAUAAACGACUUACAGGAUAUGAUGACCGUCUUAGAGAAGUGCGAGCUCAGAUGGAACAAAUGGAGGACAAAGAUAAACAUAUGGUAACAGAGAGCAGGAAUCGUAAAAAGCUUUUGGAGGAGGUGGAAUUGCUAGUGGUUACACUGGAUGUCCCUGAGCGCAAUAUCGUAGCUCUUCAAGAAGCUGACCUUUCCAAAGGAAUGGGACUGACAGAGUGCACCCAUGCUGCGUUUGUCGUGCUUAAUGCCCUGCAAGCUGAUCUCAGUCCAGGUUUGACUGAAAUGAGAGCUGUCAAGGAACAGCGAGAAAAAUUUUGGCAGCUGAGCAGUGAUUUUGCUCAGCGUCUAAAGUUUCAUCUCAUGGAAAUCUUUACACGCCAUGGUAUAGAUCUAGAGACUCUGGUUCAACAAUCCAGUGAGCUGUGUAUCCCUAAACAUUUGACUUGUCAUAAUGACCUCGCCCCAUUCUCUGAGUUGAUGAAGUGGCUUAAAGAAGUCGAUCAGACUGUGUUCCUGGAGCUUUGUCAGGCAUAUACACAAUCCCUCAGCAGAGUGUAUGAGAGGGAACUGAGGGACUUCUUUGAGGCUGUUAAACAAAGGACUAUGACGAAAGGUGUCCGACCCUACGCUGCCUUCAAGAUGACAGGGUCCGCGACAGGCAUCAAUGACCCAAAAAUGAGCCCUCGCCCCAGUCCUCGUGGCAUUAAGACAGGCUCUUUCAGAAAAACUGAAAAAGCAUUGGACAGGAAAGACACGGAUUCUAUUGGUUCUUUGGGCUCAGAUACGAGGUCCAGAUCGGGAUCCAUGAGCUCAGUGGAUUCUUCUGAUCAGCUGCAGGAGGGCAGAGGAAAGUUUGAAAGGGUUUUUGAUGUUCUUUUGUUGGAGCUCGAACCAGUAUGUACAGCCGAACAGGAAUUUGUACAAAAGUUCUUCGAUUUUUCUUUGGAGGAGCCAGAGCCUUCAGAGUCACCAAGCGUCUUAAACAUCGACUCUCCUGAUGGUGCGAUGUUUAGCAAGGCAUCGCCAAUUAAAUCUAUAGAUUCUACGGAUGUAAGGGAGCGAAUACCGCUAAACGAGGAAGUCAGAAAAAGAAAACAGCGGAUGAAUAAAAACCGAGAAGAUAUGAAGAGGAUCAUGCAAGGAUUGUUCAACGUCUUGGAAACCGAGUUACACAGCUACAUCCACUUUGCGGAUAGACUUGAUCCUUUUAACACCAUGUAUAUGUUGGUCAAGAUCGGUCAUUUUGUGAUCACCGCCCAGUUGUCUGGUUCACCAGUGUCCUACCUCAGCCAGCAGCUUGGAAACUGCCUUAUCUCUGUGAAGAGGCUCUUUGACAAGUUUAUAGCCAACCUAAAGAAACAAAUCGAGGAAAUGAAGAUUCAGAAGACGAAGAAGUGUGGAAUUUUGCCAUUUGUGACUAAGUUUGAAGAAUUUGCAUGCAUUUCAGAGAGCGUGUUCAAGAACUCUAAACGCCGCAAUGACCUUGACAAAGCUUAUCACAGCCUUAUUCGAGUUGUGUGCGCUAACGUGGAGCGCAUGGCUGAGGAACAUCAGAAGACACCUCGAGCGGUGGUCAUGAUGGAGAACUAUCAUCGUUUGUUCAGGGUUCUGACGCGUCUUAAGAUAGUUUGCCUUGAGAGCGAAAAGAGAGAGGCCAAGAGGAAAUAUAACGACACCCUGAAGUUGUACGUAAAAGAGAUGCUUGGAAGACCCAUGGAAAAGAUCAAUAUCUUUUUUGAGGGUGUACAAGAAUGUAUUGCUGCUGGGGUGAAGGAAGACGAAGUCGGAUACCAGCUUGCAUUCAGCAAACAAGAAUUAAGGAAAAACAUCAAGGAGUACCCAGCCAAGGACAUAAAAAGAGGACUGGAACACUUGUACAAAAAAGUCGAGAAACAUUUGUGUGAGGAAGAAAACUUGCUUCAGGUUGUGUGGCACUCCAUGCAAGAUGAAUUCAUCCAACAAUACAAGCAUUUUGAGGAUCUUAUUCAGCGGUGUUACCCUGAAUCUAAGAUCAAUCUAGAAGUUACCAUCGAGGAUAUCCUGUCAUUUUUCUCAAACAUCGCCCAGUCACACUGAAGUUGGAAGAGUCAAUCCAAUGAGAGAACACUGCAUAAGAUGUGUAGAUAGUUUCGUUGAUCUAUUUCGAUUGGCGAUUAAAUUGCUAAAUUAAAUUUUUCGAGUCAAUUGGAUUGGGAUAGCGUCGUAUACACUUGAUUAACGUGGUGUAACUUGCUAAAAGAGAUUGAAAUUAAAAUUAAACGUUAAGAAUUUAUGAAUUAUGAAAAGAUGAUUAUAUGUUAAAUAACAACGUUGUAAAGCGUGAAAGUUUUGAUCGAAAGAGCCAUUUGCCUAAACUUGUGAACACUCGAUUGUAAAUUAAUUUCGGCGUUUUUUGUGUUCUUUUUUUUUUUAAUUGUUAUUUUAAUAUAAGCAUUUCAAAACAUAUCAUUUGUCGAUUUUGAUUCCCAAUGGCUCAUUUCUCAUAUUUACAAAGAAAUGAGCAAUUUUUUGUCGGAAGUUUCACCUUGUUUUGAGUGUAUAACGGACUCACUGUCGAGGACUGGCAAUGUAUCAAGGAGGACCAAAGAAGAUCCUGUAUAUAUUCAUUUGCUGUUGUUGAGAACUAUUCAAUAAUGAAUUAAAACUAUCUUCAAAAAAAA